AUGAGUGGAUCUGCAUCGCAUAAGGGAUUGAGUGGAGCACUGAAGAGGCAGAAGAAGGUGGGUGUCGUGGGAGCAGGGAUCAGUGGCCUCCUUGCCUGCAAAUACAUGAAAGCAAAGGGGUUUGAUCCAAUUGUUUUUGAGGCCAAGAGCAGCAUUGGAGGAGUGUGGACCAAAACCUUUCACACCACCAAACUCCAGACUCCCAAACCUCUCUAUCAGUUCUCAGAUUUUCCUUGGCCAUCUUCUGUAACACAAGACUUUCCCCACCACCUUCAGGUUCUAAACUAUAUUACAGCUUAUGCCCACCACUUUGACCUGCUUAAGCACAUCAAGUUCAAUGCCCUAGUUCAACGAAUUCAGUUUCACUCCCAAGACCCUGCUGUUGAAGCUUGGCAUCUUUGGGGCGGAACAGGUCAAGCUUUCAACCCCAAAGCAAAAUGGACGCUUUCUGUCUAUAAUACCCAAACGGAUUCAACUCAGGUAUACACAGUAGAUUUUGUGAUUUUGUGCGUUGGUCGGUUCAGCGAUGUUCCAAACAUUCCAGAAUUUCCGCUAAACAAAGGACCAGAAGUUUUCGGAGGCAAGGUGAUACACUCCAUGGACUACGCCUCCAUGGAUGGUCGAAGCGCUGCCGAUUUGGUCAAAGGGAAGCGAGUGACGGUGGUUGGUUUUCAGAAGUCUGCUCUGGAUAUCGCUAUGGAGUGCUCAGCUGUGAACGGGGUUAAAUAUCCAUGCACGGUCCUGUACCGGACAGAACACUGGAACCUCCCAGACUACCUUCCUUGGGGCAUACCUUUGGCUUAUUUGUAUCUUAAUCGUUUCUCAGAACUUAUGGUUCAUAAGCCUGGUGAAACCUUUCUGCUCAGUCUCAUUGCCACCCUUCUUGCACCUCUGAGAUGGGGAUUCUCAAAAUUUGUGGAAAUCCAUAUAAAAUGGAAGCUUGGAUUGAGAAAGUUUGGGAUGGUGCCAAAUCAUAGCUUUCAUAAAGAAAUAAAUUCGUGUUUGAUCUCAACGGUUCCUGAGAAAUUCUACGAGAAAGUAGAAGAGGGAAGCAUCGUAUUAAGGAAAGGUCCAAGGUUUUGGUUCUGCAAAGAAGGCAUAGUGGUGGAUGGAGAAGGGUCAUCGGGUCUGAAGACAGAUUUGGUGAUAUUAGCUACUGGAUGCAACGGUUCCACUAUACAGGGAAUGCAUACAUGCAGAGAUUCCACGGCGUUCUCGGAAAGUGUUUCUAAUCUGUAUACCUCAGAGAUGAGGUGCCGUUGGGUUGCGGAGCUUCUGGAUGGUACAUUUGAACUGCCAAGCAUUGAGGAGAUGAAGAAAGACGUGGAGAGAUGGGCUGAAUAUGUGAAAACAUACUCCGGGCAAUACUUCAGGAGGUCAUGCCUCGCUGCCUUGCACAUUUGGUACAACGAUCAACUCUGCAAGGACAUGAAGUGGAACCCCCGAAGAAAAAAGGGACUCCUGGCUGAACUAUUUCACCCUUAUGGUCCCUUAGAUUAUUCUUCUUAA